AUGGCCAUCCCACUAAUGCCAUCCUCACGGGUGACGACCACCAUCCUUUCACUUUGUAUCUUAUCAAUGAUUGUGUACUCCUUGUCAUUUUUCACUCACUACUACCAUCCAAUCUCAUCACGACCCGCGCCGGUUGGGGUGCCGCAGCCAUCGAUUCACCCUCAAGUCACCCCAUCGAGCCAUUCUCAAAUCACCACGACCCUUCAACCGCAAGCUACCGAAAAGCCCAAAGACAAUGGCAUCACGCAAUGGCAAAAAGAGGCCGAAGCAAUCAUAAAGGAGGCUAAAUCUUUCAUCGGAUCACCAAUCGAAGCUCCCUACAAAGAGAAAUUCCACGACGUGGGUGAACGAAUCAAAGCUUUUCGGGAAUGGAUCAAAUUCAUCGAUACUGCUCCCAAGUCGGAGGAUAAGCACACCGUACUCGAGACAGUAGAAAGCGCGGUCGGAUCGCUGUUCCCUUUCCUCACAAACUCGCCGAAGCGACCGGAUAGCAAGACACCGCUCACAGAUCUGCGAGCAUCAAUUGUUCCUGGAUCCCGCGGGAUCGUGAUUCCGGCAGGCAAGGGCACAUUGAGAUUUGCUGCGCACCUCAUAGGUUCUCUCCAAGAGGUACUGAAAAGCAACUUAACAAUUCAGAUCGUUUAUGCCGGCGACGACGACUUUCCACCAGCAGACCGUGAGCGGUUGCUAUCUCGCUUCGGCGACGUUCAGUUUAUGGACAUCCUUAGCCUCAUCGACGACACGACUGCCCAUCUUGCGACAGGGGGCUGGGCCAUCAAGCCGUUUGCGGCGCUGUAUGCGCCUUUCGAAGAAGUCAUUCUGUUGGACGCGGACGCGGUUUUUGUCCGGCCACCCGAAACACUCUUUCUCGACUCUUCAUACAGUUCGACGGGCGUACUUCUCUUCCACGACCGCCUACUCUGGCAACACGCCUAUCGCGAGCGUCACGACUGGUGGAGAUCGCAAAUCCACAACCCAAGCCCUGCUCUUAAUACAUCGCUCGUCUGGACACAAGACUAUGCGGAGGAGGGUGAUUCCGGAGUGGUCGUGAUUGACAAGUCACGUUUGGAUGUAUUCAUGGGUCUGCUACAUGUCGCAUGGCAGAACACGCAUGCCGUACGAGAGGACAUUACAUACGGAAUUACAUACGGCGACAAAGAAACGUGGUGGUUUGGCUUCGAGCUCAGCGGGUCAACGUACGCCUUCGAGGAGCAUUAUGGCUCAAUGGUAGGUUGGUUCCGGGAGAAGGUCGAUGAUUCAAAGGCGAGAAUUUGCAGUUUUGUGAUUGGGCACGUUGACGCGAAUGACGAAGUUAUCUGGUACAAUGGAGGCCUUUUGAAGAAUAAGAAGGUUGACCAGCAUGAGUUUGGCCUUCCAACACAUACAAUGGUGGAUGGCACUUGGGAGAAGGGAGAGUUCAAGACGGACAUGAGCUGUAUGGUUGGCAAUAACAUGGGCACGUUAAGUAAGGAUGCUAGCUGGAUACUGGAUAAGUCCAUCAACUUGGCAAAAGAUUUAGAUGCCAAGUUGGGUCUUGUCAAAGAAGAUGGACAAUGA